CGCGUCACAGCGCCUAGAUUAGCGAUCCAGGGAUCCGUCCUCCAGAAGCUUCGUCAACGUAGGCCAUCUGCUGCCUGCCUCGCCAUAUCUACAUAACGCAUUUCUCACCCACUGCCCCCCUACUCAUCAACUCCGCCGCCGCAGCAGACGUGACAGGUUGAUGAUUUCUUCCACGCGUUCUCUCGUAUCAUAGCAGCGGCCUGUGCACACCCGUCUCCUCACAAGCCCCAGCCUGUCGCCACCGAAAUGGACGUCCAGCUGCUCGUGUACGACUUGUCGCGCGGCCUCGCUCGGCAAAUGUCCAUGGGCAUCCUGGGCUUCCAGCUCGACGCCAUCUACCACACGUCCAUCCAGCUCAACGGCCGCGAGUAUGUGUACGACGGUGGCAUAAUUGCCAUUGUGCCGGGAACCUCUCACCUUGGGCAGCCUAUGCAGACGAUCCCCCUUGGCACCACUCACCUGCCCAUGGACGUGAUUGAGGAAUUCCUCGACUCAAUACGGCCCAUCUUCACUCUCGAGGCAUAUGACUUGUUCCGACAUAAUUGCAACAACUUUAGCGACUCCUUUUCCAACUUCCUCGUCGGCAAGGGGAUACCAAGCCACAUCGUCAACAUGCCGCGGGCGGUCAUGGACUCCCCGAUGGGGCGCAUGCUGCUGCCGCAACUUGCGCAAGGAGUCAAUGCGGGGCGGUCAAACGGCUCAAUCCUUGGCCUCCAAGACACAGCCCGGGCCUCUGCGCCGAUCCUGGGGUCGAAGAGGAGCGUGAAAACCAUCUCAACCCAGGUUGAGCUCUCGCGUCUUCUGGAUGAGGCGAAAAGAUUCUGCGCUGUCGUCUUCUUCACGUCCGCUACUUGCCCGCCAUGCAAGACGCUCUAUCCCCUAUACGACGAGCUAGCAGAGGAACUUGGACACAUGGCGACAUUUGUCAAAAUCGACAUCUCUCAGCCGCAGGCGUCUCUUGUCGCGCAGCAGUUUUCUGUGCGGGCGACUCCGACGUUUGUGACUUUUCUGAAAGGCGCAGAGGAGAACCGGUGGUCAGGGGCGGACCCUGCGGCGCUUCGAGGCAAUGUUCAGCUCCUGGUACAGAUGGCCCAUCCGACACACCCGCAUUCCAAGCUUCGAUUACCCAGCUUCUCCAUCACCAACAAGAAACCAGUCUUAUACACCAAGGUCCCUCCCCUGGCCAAGCUGGCUGUCAAGAUGGGAGACGAACUGGCUAAGAAGCCCGAAGUCCAGAGCUUGAUACGUUUCCUCGAGUCCAGACAAACGGUUGGGCCGCAGGAUGCCAUUGUCCCGGACAUGACGCAUCUAUCACAGCUGGUGCAGGAUUCGGUUGCAAGCCUACCGCCAGAGCGACUCUUCACCAUUGUCGACCUGUUCAGAUGCGCCUUGGUGGAUCCCCGAGUCAGUGGCUUCUUUGCGGAAGAAGAGGACCACAAGACAGUCCGCAACGUUCUGGAGUUUGUCAACGGCCAGAGCGAAUGCCCUUAUGCGCUCCGGCUGGUGAGCCUUCAGAUGGGCUGCAACUUGUUCUCGACGCCGCUGUUCCCCAAUGAGAUCCUACGCAACGCCAACCUCCGCACACCGCUCAUUCAACUCAUAUCGUCGAGCUUCCUUGACGACAGUCACAACAACGUCAGGGUUGCGGCGUCAUCUCUGUUGUUUAACCUCGCGCUCUCGAAUCGACGGUCCAGGGAGAGCGAUGCCAAGCCGACGCUGCCGGAAGGAGACGAGGUCGAGCUGGCCGCGUCAGUGGUUGAGGCGGUGGCCCAGGAGGACAAGUCCAUAGAGGCAGUGCAGGGCAUGCUGUCGGCGCUGGGGCAUCUGGUAUAUGGAACGGCAUUAGACGGAGAGCUGGCCGACCUGCUGCGGGCGCUGGACGCUCAAGGCACCAUUUUGGCGAAGCGGAAGGCCUUUCCCGGGGAGAAGCUCAUAGGCGAGGUAGCGGACGAGCUGCUAGGCAAGGGACUACGACGCCCAUAGGCUUCCUUGUAUUAUACAAUCCCAGCCACACAUGACCUUGC